CCCCGGAGCGGGAAGCACGGCGCGGGCGGCGAGGCGAUGCUGGCGGGCCGGGCGCCGCUGGGCGCCGCGGGCUGCGGCCUCUUCCUGGCAGCGGGGCGGCGGCCGCUGCUCUGCUGGCUGUCGCCGUGCUGGGUGACGGCGGGGCGGCAGUACCCGUCCCUGCGGGCGGCGGAGCCGACGAAGGAAAAGCGGCUGGUGCGUAAGGAGCAGCGGAGCAGCCUCGUGGUCCGCCGCUUCAUCGCCUGCCCGCAGCUGGCGCGCACCGUGCGGCGCUGCCUGCAGGGCGGGGCCGGCCCCGGCCCCCAGCACCUCCUGCUCGAGUUCGCGCCCGGUCCUGGGAUUUUGACUCGAUCUCUGCUUGAUGCAGGAUUUAGAGUGGUAGCUCUGGAAAGUAACUCAGAUUUUCUUACAGACUUACAGUCCCUAGAAAAUAGCCUGGAUGGGCAGUUAAAGGUGAUUCAUGGUGACUUCUUCAGACUGGAUCCUUUGGCAAAGGGAGCUUUGAAACCACCUGCUGUGUCUUCUGACAAACUUUUUGAAACCAUAGGUGUAGCAGCAGUUCCUUGGAGGGCAGAUGUUCCUCUGAAAAUUGUUGGAAUCAUACCGGAACAGUUGGAAAGAAACAGACUUUGGAGACUUCUUUUUGCCAUGUAUGAAUGCAGUUCCAUAUACAGAUACGGAAGAGUAGAACUCAACCUCUUUAUAAGUGAAAAAGAGUAUACGGUAUUAACAGCAAAGCCUGGGAAGUCAAAGAUUUAUCAAGCACUUACUGUACUUGCACAACUAGGGUAUGAAAUUGAACUAUUGCAUAAGGAACCUUGGUCUUCAUUUGCAACUAAUUUGAAAAAUGGGGGACUGGCGAUACCAAAAGCGGGGCGGCUGCCAAAUGACCAUAUCUGUUUGGUACGACUGACUCCUCAGCAAAAUCUAUUUACAGGAGGCUUGAAGCCCUCAAAUGCAUCUACCUUUAUUUUCAUGGUGAAGCAGUCUUUUGCUAAACCUAAGUCUAAACUUACCGAUAGAUUAAAUUCAUGGAGCUUGGACAAUAGUGACACAUUACUGAAAGCACUAGAAAUUCCCAAAAAUGCUUCAAUGUGUAACUUGUAUCCAGAAGACUAUAAGCGUCUUUUCGAGGCUUUGCAAAACUCCGAUUUGUUUGCUGAGACCUUCUUCCAUGAUGAAGUCUUGGCAAGUACAAGGUCCAUGAACUCAUAAAUCUAAAGCUUUUGGAAAAUCACCUUUGCUUCUGGAAGAUUACUUUGAUAAAAAGUGAUUUAAAUAAAAUCAGAGAUACGGUUAGCUAGAUGAUUUCCUGUCCAAACAGGAAAAAUUUAGCAAGUAACAAGAGCCCUUCUACUUAGGAUAAAAGUAAUAAAUUCACAGUUACCUUUCACAAUCCUACCUGGAAUGGACAAGCUUUGGACACAAUCCAAUCUGGGAUGGACAAGCUUUGCAACUUUUGCAGGAGCUUAUUAGGUCGUGCUACUUUGUGCCACUUAAAUGCAACUUUUUGUUACACUGUUGCUGUGUAUUUACAACAUUUGAAAAAAAAUUACGAGACCAAAUUAUAUUUGUUUGGUUUUUAUUUUAGUGCUUAAUGAUUAGAAUGCCCUUUUGACAGAUUCACAGAAUACAAACAACAACUUCUACAACAACUGUGUUUACAACAACUGAGCCUGCAACAUUGUCUGCCAUUCUGAAUUUGCAGCCUCAAGUCAAAAAAUGCUAAUAAAUUAAUAGUGAUAUGUUAAUAGAAGGAAAGGUAAUGACAGGGUGAUAAAAUAUUAACUGAGAGUUGCUUAAAAUAAAGAUUGUGGUAUCCCUGAGGAAAAGUUGUAACAGUUAUUUCUUUUGAAAAUAACAGGGAGAACAUGUACUAGUUUGUAAUGCAAUACAUAAACACCUACACAUGUAUAGGGAUUAUUUUAGGUCUGAAAGUUAUCAGAAUAUUAAGUGCUGUAUAAAUGAUUUCAAAUAAGAUGAUUUUAUUUUUUUAAAACCUUUGCCAAUGUCUUCGAUAUGUAAUACAUGUACCAAAAUAUUACUCAAAACCAUAUGCUAUUAAAAUUCUGGUUUUAGUCAUAGUACUCCCUCCGAAAGGCAACCUGUUCCAAAUUUCUCUGUUUUACCAUCUAGCUGUUCUGUUGUUCAACAAUGCUGAGAGGUUGUACUGUUUAUAUGUUGUAUAUUAUACCCUCUGAAAAGAGCUGUGGCAAAAAAUACCCUUCUUUGGCAAAGCACUAGUUUUUAAAUGCCAUUUUGGUGAAGGCUGGGCCAUAAUCAGGCUGUGAAUAACAGUAGUUCCCCAAACAAUGCAAACAGAAUUGUAUUUCUUAAGGUUACUGUGAGGUAUAGAUGUGAUAAGCAUUAAUCUCUGUCUUCCUCCUGCAGUUCUGGCUGCAGAUGACAAAUUGAUUUUGAGCAGCCUCAGUUCACUCUGCUAGCUAAAAAGCUGAGCUUUUGUAAUACUAUGGUGAAACUCCUAGAAAGGCUGAGGCUUAAUUUGCAGUCUGUCUCAGAGCCCUGCUGGCGUUCUGGUGCAGGUUGUCAAGAUUUGAGGCUUCUUUUCUGCUUACAUCUUUGACUGUUUCAGAGAUAGUCACUGUUAAUUGUCAAUGAAUGUCAACUUUGCAUUAACAGAAGCAGUUCCACCUUUUUCAGUCUCAUUAAAUGGUAACUGUCUUAUCUACUGGUCUGCAAGACUGCUGUGUCUCUUGAGCUGAUUCCCCCUCCCCACCCUGAAUCAAAGCACCUUGCUCUUGUUGCAGCAAGAUGUCUCACACCUCCAGCAUACCAGGAGAAGUAUUCUAUACAUGAAAUGGAACACCACCACUGCCUAAAUAAAUUUCUUCAGCUAUGUGCUGAUAAGAUUUCAAACAUGAACUGAAAACAAGAAAUUUGUUUUAUUUUGAUGCUGUUGCAAAGCAGCACUUAAUGAUCCAAUGCAGAGACUAACAGCAGGAGUCUGUAAGUGGAAGGAAUAUUGCGUAACUGGGGACUUGAAGUGAGAUUUAAUGCUCAACAGAAACGCACUAUUAAGGCUAAGUGUGAGCAAUGUUUAGCCCUGAUCACAAAUGUGAAAUGGAGGGAGAAAUGCCUGCCAUGAUAAAAAUUAUUUUAGUAUUAAUGAAAAAGAUUGAAAAUGUGAAAAUGACUAUUGUAUAUGAAUAAAUACACAGGGAAUGAAAAUUAAGUAGGUCUAUAUAUUUGAUUAAUUAAUGCUAUCCACUCAGUAAUUCCUACUGUUGUAGGAUUUUAGCUUUUGUAGGAUAAUGUUGAACUUUCACUUCACUUUCAAAUUUUUAAUUGUAUAUGAAGGCUUGUCAUACAUUUCUGUUACCAUUUUUAACCAAUGCUGUAUUAUUUGUAUUCCUUUCCUUUGCAUAACUGCCUUCUUUUUUUUUCAAGACUGAUUUAAUACAUGAACCUCUGAAACAUGAACCACAUGUGACGCACUAUCUAGUAAAACACUUUUAAGUA